AUGGAUAUGGUCGAUGGAAAAGUUUACGUUAGGAGCUGUGCCAAGAAUGAGUAUUGUUAUUAUGAUCCAAAAGAAGGUAGAUGGGGAGUUGUAGGACCCGGUGCAAAUGCACCGUCCGCACACCCUCAGAGCCGGCACUGUCUAAUAGAGAACGUUUGGUACUAUUGUGGUGAAGAAUAUUGCUCGUGGUUUGACACAAAGCUUCAAAAAGGGAGAGUGGUUAAAAGUUUGGAGGUAUUGAAUAGGAAUUGUUGUGCUGGUGCUCUUGCAGUAGUUAACUACUAUGGGAAACUCUUAAUCUUGUGGGACAAGCCUGGUCAGGGUGAAAACAAGAACAUUUGGUGCGCGGUGAUUGCGCUUGAAAGAUGCAAUGGUGAUGAAGAUUUUAUGGAAACGUUGAGUGGGCUAGUGCCGUUCCCAGUUCAUACGUUUUCUUGCGCUGUCAACAGGUAUGGGGUUGAACAUGCUUUGGUUCUGGCCAUUGACAAUGCCUUUUUGGCUUAA